GUUGAACGAGACACGAACAACGCACAUCGUACCAUCCACAAUCCAUUCGCCAUCCCAAUCCCAAGCACCGAAGAUUAAGGAAGGCAAAUGCGCGAUGAAACGAUAUAAGUACUCCCCCCCCCCAUCUCUACCACUACCACUCUCUCCAUCUCCAUCCGAGUACACCAACCGAGAUCACCAGAACAAGCCCCAACAAACCCAUUCUCUUUGCAAGAAGACCUCAGCCCCAGCCAAGCCAGAAUGCGCUUCAUCAUCCCCCUCACCCUCCUGCUCACCUCGCUGGCCCUUGCGGUGCCCACCGCCGACGCCGAACCGGACACCGUCGAGGCAGCGGGCGGCGACGACGCCGCGCCCGCCCCGGCGGACGAGGCCAACACCCAGUGGUGUCGGAAGGGAUAUGACAAGUGCAUGAACAAUUGUCAUCGGAGCCAUGGCGGGCAGAAGUGUUAUCAUGCUUGUUGGGUGCAUUACUGUCAGUGAUUGCGUUGCCGCUUGCUGGGAGGGAAGAAGGAAUUAGAAAUUGGGAGUGAGGACUAGGGGUUGAGGUUGAGGUUGAGGUUUGAGGUUCGAAGGAGAAGGGGAGCACGGCUCGACUCACUGGGACAUGGCAGGGGAGGUCGGGGCCGGUGUGGAAGAGGGCAAUUCCUGAGCUUCUAUCAUUGUUGACGUCAACUGAAGGAUCAUGGGACAUCCAGCUACUGUCAUUCAUUAUAUAUAUAACCUAACCUACGAAAAGAGAACAUUGCGC